AUGCCAAUCACACUGAAAGCGCCCGAUUGCUUCUCCAGUUCCAUGAUUUUUUCUUGCUGUUCUUCUUCGUCUCGUGACAAACCACCAAGCUUAUUCAGGAGCUUUAAUUUGAACACGCGUAUCAAAGCUCCGCGAAUGUUCAGACGCUACAGGGCGAAUUUGAUCACGAAUCCAGAUUCCUUCGAAGUAGGAAGGCUCAUUGGGAGUUAUGGCUUCAUGAACAUCACUAGUUACUCGGGCUUUCAGUCACGAUUGGACAUUGAGUAUCCAUCAGAAGAUAUGAGGAUAUUGAGAGUUCAAGAUGUAGGAGAAGGCAACGUGAAGAUCAGGCUUUAUGAAGGAAGAAUAGCUCAGGGCUCACUUAGGGGUACUCCGGUUAUAUUCAAGCUACAAGAAGGUUCAGGAGGAUUGUCAGAAGGACUUUGGAGACGGGCAUCUGCUGCUGUCAAUUGGCUUUCUAGGUAUUCUCAGCUAGAAGAAGGUUCAGGAGGAUUGUCAGAAGGACUUUGGAGACGGGCAUCUGCUGCUGGUGCUUUUACUCCUAUGGAUAAAAGAACGUUUGGAAUCGCAGAUGACAUAUAUGAAGCUGGCCUUCUUUUUGCAUACUUAGCUUUCAUUCCCUUUUCUGAAGCAGGAAUCAUGGAUAGCCUUUCACUGCAAAGGCUUCUAGAGAGCACUUUUCAACUUGACCUUGAAGCUACAAGAGAUAAGAAGAUAUCUACCCUGCCCUCAGAAUGCAUGAAUCUGGUUGAAAUGAGAACUUGUGUCAUGACCAAUGUAACUUGGAUGGUGGUCAAUUUGCUACAAGAAGGUUCAGGAGGAUUGUCAGAAGGACUUUGGAGACGGGCAUCUGCUGCUGGUGCUUUUACUCCUAUGGAUAAAAGAACGUUUGGAAUCGCAGAUGACAUAUAUGAAGCUGGCCUUCUUUUUGCAUACUUAGCUUUCAUUCCCUUUUCUGAAGCAGGAAUCAUGGAUAGCCUUUCACUGCAAAGGCUUCUAGAGAGCACUUUUCAACUUGACCUUGAAGCUACAAGAGAUAAGAAGAUAUCUACCCUGCCCUCAGAAUGCAUGAAUCUGGUUGAAAUGAGAACUUGUGUCAUGACCAAUGUAACUUGGAUGGUGGUCAAUUUGGUAUUGCUUAGCUGAUGAAUGUUUGUUAGAAGCUGUCAAAUUUCUGGAUAUUGGUGACGGUGCCGGUUGGGAGUUACUGCAGGUUCAGUUAUAAACUCCAACAAUUAUGACUAAUAUUGCUCUCAUUUUGACAAUUGCAGAAUAUAUAUAUCUGAUAAACGUUUCCAAAUCCCGUGGAGCUGAGAAUGGUAUUAGUUAUGCAUGUGUGUUAGAUCACACAAGUCAUGGACUAAAGAUAUUUGCAAUCAAAGCCAAAAAAUAAUUGAUGACGACAAGUACCUUUGUUAAUGAUAUACGAUUGCAAUCAUGCUCAUUUGCAUAUGAAGUUGUUGAUUUCACUCAAAGAUGUGUUGUCCACACUACACUUCUUAAUAUAUAGCCUAAACCAGACUCUCUAGUCUUAACAAACCAUAUCUUUUAUACAUCCAUAAUAUGUGAGACAUUUCCAUAUUUAUUAUUGCUGUUUUCAUAGUUGACGUCACAUAGCUAGCUAGCUUCAUCCUUCUGUUCGGCUUAACAGAUCAAAUACCUGCUAGCUUAGCCAGUAAAAGUCGGUGUGGUACUAGAUCCACUUGAUUCUUAAGUUCACGUUUCUUCUGCUAGGUUGGGGAAGGUAAACUGAUAAACCUCUCUCUCUCUCUUUCUCUCUCUCUCUCUCUGUGUCUAUCUCGCACACAACACAGACAGAGUGAGUGACAAUGUAUACACUCGUCUACGGUGGCAGAAUUUUCUAUUCACCACUGUUGUUGUCGACAAUUUGGCCCCUUUUUCAUGUUUUGAUGUGGUCGAUUAACAAAAAUUAUGGUUUCCUGUUUUUUGAUGUGGUUGAUUAUAAUUUGGAAUUGUUUGUCUGAGUGCAGGCGAUGCUGAAUCGUGACUAUAGGAAAAGGCCAAUUGCAGAAGCGGUAUUGAACCAUCCUUUUGUAGCUGGAGCUGUUCUUGAUUUCUAGGGUUAAACAUGGAGAUAUUGUAUUUGUUAAUUAAUACAGAGUAGUAAAGUCGGCUUGAUCCAAAAAUAAAAAAAAGAGAGGUGAAGUUGCAAUAGCUCUGUCACACAGCAUUAAAAUGUGGCAGCAUGUAGUUUGAGAAGUAGAACCAAUAAAGUCAUGUUGAGGCAAUGUAUGGAGAACAUUUUACGCUUGGGUUUGUCCAUUUAAACAAUAGAAUGAAUAUUUCAUAAAAAAAAUCUUGC